AUGAACGGCGAUCCUCUCUCGGCCUUCCUCGGCGGCGAGCCCUCCUCCUCGAGCCGCCGCCGCCGCCGCCUCCUCCUCCUCCCGCCGCCGUCGUUCCCCCCGGCGGCCGCCGAGGAGCUGUCCAACUUCGACGCCAUGUUCUCCGGCGUCAGCCUCCGGUCCCUCUUGCUCGACAAUCCCGUCUCCUCAUCAUCCCCUUCCCCUUUCUCCUCCUCCUCCUCCUACUCCUCUUCUCCUCCUCCUUCGUCCCCUCUCUGGUCGCCGUUGCCGUCCCCGGUCUCUCCCUUCUCUCCGAGUCCCGAGCAGCAUCAGCACCUCUCGUUUCGCUACUCGCCGUCCCCUCUCAAGAUGCCCAAGCAAGAACCCCCUCACUGCUUCCCCGACUUCGCUCCCGCUUCGUCCCCGUUUGACUCCCUCUCGCUCGCCGACGACUCGACCCUCUGCUUCCCCCUCCACCGCCUCUCCGACCUCCUCCGCUCCCUCGAAACGCUCCAACCGCAGCCCCCGCAGCCGCCGCCGGCAGCGGCAGCGGCAGCAGCAGCAGCCGCGCCCGGUCCGGCUCGCAAGCGCUCCCCGGCCGACCCAGAAAGGACGAAGCGGGCCAGAGAAAAGCGAAGGAAGAUAGGCGACUGCAUGAGGCAGCUGCACGAGCUGGUUAUGCCGCAGGUAGAAAGAAAGAUGGACACGCUCGCCACGCUGGAGGAGGCCUGCAAGCAGGUGGCGUACCUGCAGCAGCUGGUGAAGAGCGCUCUUCAGCUCAUGCCCCACGAGUUGCCGCAGCCGACCCCGUGUUUCCCCCCUCGCUGCCCGACGGACGACGACGUCGGCGGCGGCGGCAGCGGAAUGCUUGGGAGGUGGACGAUGCAGCAUCUGUUGGAGAGGAUGGUGAACUCGCCCCCGGCUCAGGCCGUGUUGUGCGAUCAGGAGUACGGCGUGGGGGCGGCGACAAACCAGCAAUGGCUGUUGCUGAAGCAGCAGCAGGAGGAAGAGGAGGAGGCGGCGUCCGCGAUGAGGAUGGAGAUGCAGCAGCAGCAGAUGUGGUGGAAUCUUGAAGCUCCUCCAUAUCAAUCCCCUGUUUGA